UCUAGGUCUUCAAUUAAGGUGUCACAUUGAAAAACGUCCAUCGCGUCUGAUCGUUUCGCGCGUCAGAUCGAUAGCGCAACCGCUGUUCGGAUGACUAUGUUAAAGAAAUAGCGAUAUAUCCUGCACGAAGCAUCUGCUCCUCAUAUACCAACAGACCAUCGCGACGAAUGGAUUCACCAUGUACUCGGUCAUACAACGUUACUACCGUGUUAACAAAACUUUCAUGUCGCAAGUCGGUAUUUGGCCCAAUCAAAGCAGGCUCGCGAGGAUAUUAAUACCGAUGGCGAUGGCGUUUAUUGAUGUCAGUUACGUUGCAGCAGAGAUGACACGAAUGUUUGACACUUGGGGUGACGUCGACAUCGCAGUUGAGUGCAUAAUUUCGACUAUAAUUGUAUUCGCCUGUUUUACGAAGCUACUUAAUCUAAGUUUUAGAAUAAACGAGGUACGAAAAUUAUUUUCUCUGAUGGAAUAUCAUUGGAAAGUGUUUAACAAUUUUACGGACGUCAAGAUCUUAGAAAAUUACGUUAUAUUCACUAGAAAAGUGGUAGUAUUUUAUGCAACUUACGUUUACGUGUCGACGUCAUUGUACCUGACAAUGCCAAUGACGCCGCAGAUUAUGGACCUUGUGAUGCCUCUCAAUGAGAGUCGUCCGCGAAAGUUUUUAUUUGAAGUCGAAUAUCGCAUAGAUCGGGAGAAAUAUUACUAUUUCAUCUUAUUUCAUUCAUAUGUGGCAGUCGUGGCGGUCAUGUCGAUUGUGGUCUGUGUUGACACUACUUACAUAGCUUACGUGCAACACGGAUGCAGUUUGUUUGCAGCAAUCGGAUAUCGUUUAGAGCAUAUAGUUUCGAGAGAACUCAGUCAGAGUUACAUGGAUAAAAAUGAAAAAAGAAUAACGUAUCGAGAUAUGGAAGAUAUCGACGAUAUUUAUUUCAAAGAAACAGUUUUUCGUGAAUUAAUUAUUUGCUUGCGAAAACAUCAACUGGCAAUACAAUAUGCCCAUAUAUUAGAAUCUUCGUUCAUGUUAUCAACAGGCAUUCAACUGGCAUGUAAUAUGCUCGCCUUGAGCCUGAUAGGAAUUCAAGUAAUAAGUAAUCUUGAUAAUACCGAGGACUUCAUUAGAUAUAUCUGCUUAUGCGCAGGAGCGUUUUUCCAUCUUUUAUGCAUGUCUCUGCCAGGACAAAGAUUGAUGGACCACAGCGUAAACAUAUUUGAUAAAGCUUGUAGAUCACAUUGGUAUACAUUCUCGUUAAAGAGCAAAAGACUCUUAAGGAUAUUGCUUUACAGGAGUAUCAUACCUUGUACGUUAACCGCUGGGAAAAUAUACGUAAUGUCAAUGGCCAAUUAUAGUAUGGUAAGUCACAUAUAACAAACUAUAUAUUUACAACGUCCUCGUCUUUAUAAUGUAAGAUAUAUAGCACUAAAAGAAUGAUAUCGCCCUUUUUUAAGGUAGUACAAUCAGC